AUGUCAGAGGAUUCAAGCCUUGAAUUGGAAGAUUAUAACGAGGAUGAAGAAAGAGGAAAUACGUCGCUUCUUUCUUCCAUCCAACAGCAUAAACCUUCGGUUAAGGACAAGCUUACAUCCAUUCCACACUACCUGAGAUCUUCCAGAGUUAUCAAUGGAUUAAGAAGAUAUCUACAAUAUUUCAUCACACGAAUAACGGGUGCUACGAAAAAGGAAAUCAUAUACAGAGUAUGUGUUACACUUUUAAUAAUUUCAAUAAUAACAAUAUCAACUAGAAAAGCUGGUACUUCUGAAACAAUGAAAAAGUUGACUUAUAAUUAUUAUUCCAAAAUUUAUAAUCAGAAAAAUGUGGACUCCAUUAAGGAUUUGAAUAAUAUCGAUGUCUCACAAACUUUACUCUAUAAACCAUGGGCUGAUACACCUUUGACUGAAGAUAUAUUCAGACAGGAAUACGAAUCAAAUAAUUUAACUGCCUAUGCAGAGAAUCUAGAUUUCGAUAAGUUCAAAAAACAAUAUUCCAAGACGAAGGGGAAAAACCAUAAAAAUGAUGAUAAUGAAAAAGAUUUAACAAAACUGAAUCUUAACACAGAAGAAACUUAUGAGUCAUUAAUCGAUUGUGGUGAUCUAGCUUAUAACAUUACCAUUGAAAAUUCUAAAUUGAAAAAGGCUUUAACUGAUGAUUUAAUUCAAAUGAGACGCGACUUAAUUGCGAAAAAUGAUCACAUUUCUAAAUUAAUCAAGAGUAAUAAAGAUAAAGAUAUGUCAGAGGAGGAAAUUAUAACAAAAUAUUGGUCUAAAUUUGGUGGUGCUCCUUUGUGGCUUGAAAAAGAACAAUGUUAUGUCGUUUAUUCAAGGGUGUUUUAUAGUCCAUCAGGUCAUAAAACUGCCUCAAGAAUUUCACUUAUUAGAGCACAAGCAUUUGAUAAGAAUUGGAACGAAUUGAAAGGGAAGAAAAUCCCAUUCGUUGAUAUUAAAGUUCCUAAAAACUUCCAAAGUGAAUUAAAUAAAUUAGAUAAAGAAUUUGGCUUAAACCAAUGUGAUCAUUUGAAAAACGAUGAAAAGGCUUAUAACUUUUGUAUAUUAGAUAACGUUAAGACAAAACUUAAAGCUAAAGAAAGAAGAGAGAAGGUAUUAUCCCAUUAUUAUAUUACCUAUCCUACUGUCUUGGAUAUUGAGUUUGAUUCCUCCGGUAUGUUAAGUGGACCAGAAGAUCCCCAUGUUAUCCUUAGGAAAACAGCUAAUAUUGAAGAACCAAUAAUAUUUUUCAAUAUGCAAGACCAUAAAGCUAAUAAUAGACCUAUGUAUGCUUAUUUACCACAUAGGAAAACCAGUCCAAUGUUAAAAUUUAACCUAAAUGGUAGGAAGCUAAAUGAUGUAGAAAAAAAUUGGGCUCCAUUCUUCCAUCAAAAUGUCAAAGAUAAUUCAUUUUCUAGGGGAAGUAUUCAUUUCAUUUAUUCAUUUGCCCCAUUGGAAAUUAUGAAAUGUUCAUUAGAUGAUGGAGAAUGUAAAAUGGAUUUUGAAGCUGUAACUAAUGGUGCAAAUGAAGGUCAGAAAUUUGGAAAUAUGAGAGGUGCAACUCAAUAUGUUCCCUUGCCUGCUAUUCUACCUAAAGUAAAGAAUAAACAAGUUUGGGUUGGGUUUCCUAAAGUUCAUUUAGGAUUUUGUGGUUGUGGUGGAGGUUUCUAUAGGCCAAUGUUAAGCGUCUUGGUAGAAUCAAAUGGUGUUUAUUACCAAUCUGCUAUAGUCCCAUCAAUGGAUUUCAAUAUCGAAGUUCUUUCUUGGGAAGAAGAGGGAUCUAAUUGUGACUCCGGUAACAUCUUAAAUCCGAACUCAAUUUCCUUUUGGGAAGUUACAAGUCAAGACCUUGAAACGAAAAAAUUUGAAGAUUAUAUGGGAAUAGCCGUUAGUGAAUCGGAUGUAGUGACUAAAGUUCUUACUUUGAAAGGUGUCUUGAAUUUUGUGCUGGGCAUAUAUAAUGACAAACCAAUGAAUGAAGAAUUCGAUAUAAAUGAGGAUUCCAGAUCAAUUAUAGAUAAAACAACGAAUUGUGUAGUAACAGGGGUACUCAGAGAAUGUGACCGAUACGGUAAAGAGCACGAUAAGAACGUAAAGGAACAAAAAAAAACUGACGAAUCUAAAGAGAAAGGUAAGGAAUCUCAACCAAAGAAUAGCUGA